AUGCGCCCCAGCCCGCGGCCCCCGAGGCUCCCGCCGCCAGUCCCCGCCCUGGCCCUGGCCCUGACCCUGACCUUGGCUCUGUGGGUCAGACCCGCAUCUCCUGCCUCCUUCUUCGGUGAGAGCCACCUGGAGGUGCCCGUGGCCACAGCCCUGACCAACAUAAACCUGGAGCUCCAAUUCUCCACGGCACAGCCUGAAGCCCUGCUUCUCCUGGCAGCAGGCCAGGCUGACCAUCUCCUGCUGCAGCUGCACUCCGGACACCUGCAGGUCAGACUUGUCCUGGGCCAGGAGGAACUGAGGCUGCAGACCCCAGCAGAGAUGCAGCUGGGUGACUGUGUCCCCCACACUGUGCUGCUCACUGUUUCUGACAGUUGGGCCGUGCUGUCAGUUGAUGGGCAUCUGAACACCUCUGCCCCAGCCCCAGGAGUCCCCCUUGAGGUCACCUAUGGCCUCUUUGUGGGGGGCUCUGGAAGCCUUGGCCUGCCCUACGUGAAGGGAACCAGCCGUCCCCUGAGGGGUUGCCUCCACGUAGCCAUCCUCAAUGGCCGCAGCCUCCUCCGGCCACUGACCCCUGAUGUACAUGAGGGCUGUGCUGAGGAGUUUUCUGCUGGUGACGAUGUGGCCCUGGGCUUCUCUGAACCCCACUCCCUGGCCGCCUUCCCUGCGUGGGGCACUCAGAAUGAAGGCACCUUGGAGUUCACGCUCACCACACGGAGCCAGCAGGCACCCCUGGCCUUCCAAGCAGGCGGCCGGCGUGGGGACUUCAUCUACGUGGACAUAUUUGAGGGCCACCUGCGUGCUGUGGUGGAGAAGGGCCAGGGUACUGUCUUGCUCCAUAACAGUGUGCCUGUGGCCGAUGGGCAGCCCCACGAGGUCAGUAUCCGCUUAGAUAUUCACCGGCUGGAGAUCUCCGUGGACCAGUACCCCACGCGCACUUCUAACCGUGGGGUCCUCAACUACCUGGAGCCACGUGGCAGUCUCCUCCUUGGGGGGCUAGACACAGAGGCCUCCCGUCACCUCCAGGAGCACCGCCUGGGCCUGGCAUCGGGGGUUGCCAACACCUCCCUGGUCGGCUGCAUGGAGGAUCUCAGUGUCAAUGGCCAGAGGCAGGGACUCCGGGAUGCCUGGGUGACUCGAAACAUGGCGGCCGGCUGCAGGCCCGAGGAGGAUGAAUACGAGGAGGACGCCUAUGCCCCAUAUGAAGCCUUCUCCACCCUGAUGCCCGAGACGUGGCCAAGCGUGGUGCUGCCUGAGCCAUGUGUGCCUGAACCAGGGCUGCCUCCUGUCUUUGCCAAUUUCACCCAGCUGCUGACCAUCAGCCCACUGGUGGUGGCCGAGGGCGGCACAGCCUGGCUCGAGUGGCGGCACGUGCAGCCCACGCUGGACCUGACCGAGGCUGAGUUUCGCAAGUCUCAGGUACUGUUCAGUGUGAGCCGGAGGGCCCGCCACGGUGAGCUGGAGCUGGACAUCCCAGGUGCCCAGGCCCGGAAAAUGUUCACCCUGCUGGAUGUGGUGAACCGCAAAGCCCGCUUUGUCCACGAUGGCUCUGAGGACCUCUCUGACCAGCUGGUACUGGAGGUGUCGGUGACAGCUCGGGUGCCCAUGCCCGGCUGCCUGCGCAGAGGCCAAACGUACAUUCUGCCCAUCCAGAUCAAUCCUGUCAACGAUGCACCCCGCAUCGUCUUCCCGCACGGCAGCCUUAUGGUGAUCCUGGAGGGCACACAGAAGCCUCUGGGGCCCGAGAUUUUCCAGGCCUAUGACCCGGACUCUGCCUGCGAGGGCCUCACCUUCCAGCUCCUAGGUGCCUCCACCGGCCUCCCUGUGGAGCACCGCGACCAGCCUGGGGAGUCAGCAACUGAGUUCUCCUGCCAGGAGCUGGAAGGAAACAACAUUGUCUAUGUCCACCGCGGUGGCCCCGCUCAGGACUUGACAUUCCGAGUCAGUGAUGGGCUGCAGGCCAGCUCCCCGGCCACUCUGAAGGUCGUGGCUGUCCGGCCUGCCAUACGGAUCCGCCACAGCACAGGGCUGCACCUGGCCCAGGGCUCUGCUGCACCCAUCUUGCCCACCAACCUGUCCGUGGAGACCAAUGCCGUGGGCCAGGACGUGAGUGUGCUGUUCCGAGUCACGGGCGCCCUGCAGUUUGGGGAGCUGCAGAAGCAGGGGGCGGGUGGGGUGGAGGGCGCUGAGUGGUGGGCCACACAGGCGUUCCACCAGCGUGACGUGGAGCAGGGCCGUGUGAGGUAUCUGAGCACUGACCCACAGCACCGCCCCAGGGACACCGUGGAAAACCUGGCCCUGGAGGUACAGGUGGGUCAGGAGGCAUUGAGCAAUCUGUCCUUCCCGGUGACCAUCCAGAGAGCCGUGGUAUGGAUGCUGCGGCUGGAGCCUCUGUAUACUCAGAACACGCAGAAGGAGGCCCUCACCACAGCCCACCUGGAGGCCACCCUGGAGGAAGAGGCAGGCCCACGCCCCAGCACCUUCCACUAUGAGGUGGUUCAGGCCCCCAGGAAAGGUAACCUUCAGCUUCAGGGCAUGAGACUCUCAGACGGUCAAGGCUUCAGCCAGGACGACCUGCAGGCUGGGCAGGUGACCUACGAGGCCACAGUACGCGCCUCCGAGGCAGCAGAGGACUCCUUCCGUUUCCGUGUCACGGCUCCGCCACACUUCUCCCCACUCUACACUUUCCCCAUCCACAUUGGUGGUGACCCAGAUGCUCCCAUCCUCACCAAUGUCCUCCUCUCUGUGCCUGAGGGUGGGGAGGGCGUCCUCUCCGCUGACCACCUCUUUGUCAAAAGUCUCAACAGUGCCAACUACCUCUAUGAGGUCAUGGAGCGACCCCGCCAUGGAAGAUUGGCUUGGCGGGGGCCACAGGGCAAGGCCACCACAGUGACAUCCUUCAGCAACGAGGACCUGCUGCACAGACGACUGGUCUACCAGCACGAUGACUCAGAGACCACAGAAGAUGAUAUCCCAUUUGUGGCCACACGCCAGGGCGAGGGCAGUGGCGACAUGGCCUGGGAAGAGGUCCGCGGUGUCUUCCGAGUGGCCAUCCAGCCUGUGAAUGACCACGCCCCUGUGCAGACCAUCAGCCGUGUCUUCCAUGUGGCCCGGGGGGGCCAGAGGCUGCUGACUACAGACGAUGUGACCUUCAGCGAUGCUGACUCAGGCUUCACUGACGCUCAGCUGGUACUGACCCGGAAGGACCUCCUUUUUGGUAGCAUCGUGGCUGUGGAGGAACCCACGCGACCCAUCUACCGCUUCACCCAGGAGGACCUCCGGAAGAGGCAAGUCCUGUUCGUGCACUCAGGGGCCGACCACGGCUGGCUCCAGCUGCAGGUGUCUGAUGGGCAGCACCAAGCCACCGCCAUGCUUGAGGUACAAGCUUCGGAGCCCUACCUCCAUGUGGCCAAUGGCUCCAGCCUCGUGGUCCCUCAAGGAGGCCAAGGCACCAUUGACACAGCUGUACUCCAUCUGGACACCAACCUAGACAUCCGCAGUGGGGAUGAGAUCAACUACCAUGUCACAGCUGGCCCUCGCUGGGGACAGCUGCUCAGGGCUGGCCAGCCGGCCACAGCCUUCUCCCAGCAGGACUUGCUGGACGGGGCUGUUCUCUACAGUCACAACGGCAGCCUCAGCCCCCGUGACACCCUGGCUCUCUCUGUGGAAGCUGGGCCAGUGCACACAGAUACCACCCUACAGGUGACUAUUGCCCUGGAGAGUCCUCUGGCCCCACUGCAGCUCGUCCAGCACAAGAAGAUCUAUGUCUUCCAGGGAGAAGCAGCGGAGAUCAGAAGGGACCAUCUGGAGGCAGCCCAGGAGGCCGUGCAGCCAGCAGACAUCGUGUUCUCAGUGCAGAGCCCCCCCAGCGCUGGCUACCUGGUGAUGGUGUCCCAUGGCACCCCUGCGGACAAGCCGCCCAGCCUGGACCCUGUGCAGAGCUUCUCUCAGGAGGCUGUGGAUGAAGGCAAGGUCCUCUACCUGCACUCCCGCCCUGAGGCCCGGAGCGACACCUUCUCCCUGGACGUGUCCUCGGGCCUGGGCACUCCCCUCCAGGGCAUCCGCGUGGAGCUGGAGGUGCUUCCCACAUUCAUCCCCCUGGAGAUACAGAACUUCAGCGUCCCCGAGAGCGGCACCCGCAACCUGGCCCCCCCACUGCUCCGAGUCACUGGCCCCUACUUCCCCACACUGCCAGGCCUUGAGCUGCAGGUGCUGGAGCCGCCCCAGCACGGGGCCCUGCAGAGAGAGGGACAACGUCCAGAUGCCACCCUCAGCACCUUCUCUUGGAAAGAGGUGGAAGAACAGCUGAUCCGCUAUGUGCAUGACGGGAGUGAGACGCUCACAGACAGCUUCGUCCUGAUGGCUAAUGCCUCAAAGGUGGAACGCCAGAGCCACCCAGUGACCUUCACCAUCACCGUCCUGCCCGUAAAUGACCAACCCCCUGUCCUCACCACAAACACGGGCCUGCAGAUGUGGGAAGGGACUACUGUGCCUAUCCCUACCGAGGCCCUCAGGGGCACAGAUGGUGACUCAGGGCCGGAAGACCUUGUCUAUACCAUUGAGCAGCCCAGCAAUGGACGGGUAGUUCUGCAAGCAACACCAGGCUCUGAGGUCCGCCGCUUCACACAGGCACAGCUGGAUGGCAGGCACGUGCUGUUCUCACACAGAGGUGCCCUGGACGGAGGCUUCCACUUUGACCUCUCUGAUGGCAAGCACACUUCUCCCAGACACUUCUUCCAAGUGACAGCCCAGAAGCAAGUGCUCCUCUCUCUGGAUGGCAGCCGGACGCUGACCGUCUGCCCAGAGUCUGUCCAGCCACUCAGCAGCCAGAGCCUGAGAGCCAGCUCCAGUGCAGGCACUGACCCCCAGCACCUGCUCUACAGGGUUCUGCGGGGGCCCCAGCAUGGCCGGCUGUUCCACACCCAGCAGGGCAGCACUGGGGAGGUCCUGGUGAACUUCACCCAGGCUGAGGUGUAUGCUGGGAACAUCCUGUACGAGCACGAGAUGUCCCCUGAGCCCUUCUGGGAAGCCCAUGAUGCCAUAGAGCUGCUGCUGUCCUCGCCACCUGCCCCUGAUGUGGCUGCCACUCUUGCUGUGACUGUGUCUUUUGAGGCUGCCUGUCCCCAGCGCCCCAGCCGGCUCUGGAGAAACAAAGGUCUCUGGGUCCCCGAGGGCCAGAGGGCCAAGAUCACAGUGGUCACCCUGGAUGCUUCCAACCUGCUGGCCAGUGUGCCAGCACCCCAGCGCCCAGAGCACGACGUCCUCUUCCAGAUCACACAGUUCCCCACCCGAGGCCAGCUGUUGGUGUCUGAGGAGCCUCUCCAUGCCGGGAGACCCCACUUCCUGCAGUCUGAGCUGGCUGCAGGGCAGCUGGUGUAUGCCCAUGGUGGUGGGGGCACCCAGCAGGAUGGCUUCCGCUUCCGGGCCCACCUUCAGGGGCCAGCAGGGACCUCCGUGGCAGGACCCCAAACCUCAGAGGCCUUCAUCAUCACUGUGCGGGAUGUAAACGAACGGCCUCCUCGGCCACAGGCCUCCAUCCCACUCAGGCUCACCCAGGGCUCCCGCGCCCCUGUCUCCCGAGCCCAGCUGAGUGUGGUGGACCCAGACUCAGCUCCAGAAGAGAUUGAGUAUGAGGUGCAGCGGGCACCCCACAGUGGCUUCCUGAUCCUGGCGGGAGGCAGCCCAGGACCUGUGACCCAUUUCACGCAGGCCGACGUGGAUGCAGGACGGCUGGCAUUCGUGGCUAACGGGAGCAGCGUGGCAGGCAUCUUCCAGCUGAGCAUGUCUGAUGGGGCGAGCCCUCCCUUGCCCAUGUCCCUGGCAGUGGACAUCUUGCCAUCUGCCAUUGAGGUGCAGCACCGAGCACCCCUGGAAGUGCCCCAAGCUUUGGGGCGCUCCUCACUGAGCCGGCAGCAGCUCCAGGUCGUUUCUGAUCGCGAGGAGCCAGAUGCAGCAUACCGCCUCACCCAGGGGCCCCUGUACGGACAGCUCCUGGUCAGGGGACAGCCUGCCUCAGCCUUCAGCCAGCUCCAGGUCGACCAGGGAGAUGUGGUCUUCGCCUUCACUAACUUCUCCUCCUCUCACGAUCACUUCACAGUCCUAGCACUGGCCCGGGGCAUCAAUGCAUCCGCCACAGUGAAUGUCACCGUGAGGGCUCUGCUGCACGUGUGGGCUGGUGGGCCAUGGCCCCAGGGUGCCACCCUGCGCCUGGACUCCACUGUCCUAGAUGCUGGUGAACUGGCCAACCGCACUGGCAGCGUGCCCCGCUUCCGGCUUCUAGCAGGACCCCGACAUGGCCGUGUGGUCCGUGUGUCCCGGGCCAGGACAGAGCCCAGGAGCAGCCAGUUUGUGGAGCAGUUCACUCAGCAGGACCUGGAGGAUGGGAAGCUGGGGCUGGAGCUGGGCAGGCCAGAGGGGAGGUCUCCUGGCCCCGCAGGUGACAGUCUCACUCUGGAGCUGUGGGCACGGGGUGUCCCACCUGCUGUGGCCUCGCUGGACUUUGCCACUGAACCUUAUGAUGCAGCCCGGCCCUAUGGUGUGGCCCUGCUCAGUGUCCCUGAGGCUGCUAGGACAGAAGCAGGGAAGCCAGACAGCAGUACCCCCACAGGUGAGCCAGGCACAGCAGCAUCCAGUCCUGUGCCCACUGUGGCCAGGAGUGGCUUCCUGGGUUUCCUGGAGGCCAACAUGUUCAGCGUCAUCAUCCCUGUGUGCCUGGUCCUCCUGCUGCUGGCGCUCAUCUUACCCCUCCUCUUCUACCUCCACAAACGCAACAAGACGGGCAAACACGACGUCCAGGUCCUGACCGCCAAGCCCCGCAAUGGCCUGGCUAGCGACACAGAGACCUUUCGAAAGGUAGAGCCAGGCCAAGCCAUCCCACUUACAGCGGUGCCUGGCCAGGGGCCCCCGUCAGGAGGCCAGCCUGACCCUGAGCUACUGCAGUUCUGCCGGACACCCAACCCUGCCCUCCGAAACGGCCAGUACUGGGUGUGAGGCCUGGCCUGGGCCCAGACGCUGCCCACACCUCAGGCCCACUGCUUCCAUGCCCUGGUGCUGUCUGAGGAUCCCCAGAGCAAGAGAGACCUGGAGAUGCCAGGGGUGCAGAGUGUUGGGAGACAGGCCCAGGGGUCU